AACACAAGAGCUGAAUGUUAUGCAGGAGAACUAACCGCCGUGCGCAAACUCACACACACAUACACACAUACACACACACCGAAGAUGAGAUGAAACAACACAAGCAAAACAAAAAGGUGGAAAUGAAAGACACUGGUGCGUCAAUGGAAGAUUAAUGAAUCUUUGGUGCUGGUACGCAGAGAUAAGGAUAAGGAUACGUUCGCUCAAAUCUUCUGGAAAUGUCUCCGCUGCGUGCGUUUGGAGACGUGGUGGCGUUCAUUAGGCUUUAAAGCGUUCAUUUCUCGUACAGGUCAUAUUUCGGACAGAUGAUGAACGACUCGGGAGCGUCGUGCCACUCUGGUGAGCUCUUUAACGGCUCGUUGCCCUGCGCGAACCUCUCUGUGCCCGACUACGACGCGACGUCCUUUACGCACGUCUUCCCCGCUGUGUACGCGAUCCUGUGCGCGGUCGGCGUCCUCGCCAACUCGCUGGUGAUCUACGUUGUUGCCACGUGCAAGAAGAAGUUGGUGUCGGACGUGUACGUGCUGAACCUGGCCGUGGCAGACCUGCUCUUCUUGCUCGUCAUGCCCUUCAACAUACACCAGCUCGUGUGGGAGCGUCAGUGGGUCUUCGGCGCGUUCAUGUGCAAAGCUGUGGUGGUGAUGGACGUGAGCAACCAGUUCACCACUGUAGGCAUCGUCACUGUACUCUGUAUUGACAGGUACAUCGCCAUCGUCCAUCCCAUGUCGGAGAACCGCACCAUCCAGUGGACAAUCAUCAUCAACCUACUGGUGUGGCUCGGCAGUUUUCUGCUCACCAUCCCGGUCAUGAUCUAUGCCAAAGUUAUCUCCAAGAAGAACUCGAGUGUGUGCAUGAUGUACCUUGAUGGUCCCCAAGACAUGUACUGGUACACCCUGUACCAGUCUACACUGGGCUUCUUCGUACCCCUCAUCAUCAUCAGCACAUUUUACGCUCUGACCCUGUACCACGUAUUCCAGUCAAUGCGCCGGGUCAAGCGAAAACAGUCCCUGUGGGCUAAGAGAGCCACCAAGAUGGUUCUGAUGGUUAUUGCACUCUUCCUGCUGUGCUGGACACCAUAUCAUGUGAUACAGAUGAUCAACUUGGGUAUCCAAAAGCCGACCAUAACCUUUGUCUAUGCCUACAACAUCAGCAUCUGCCUGAGCUACUCGCACAGCUGCAUCAACCCACUUAUGCUUCUGAUCUUUGCACAGAACUACCGUGAGCGUCUUUGCCAUCAUCGUGAAACUCGCAACAACAUGUCCAAGAACACGGUGAAGACAGAGGGAUGCUCCAGCGUGAGUCCCGAUUCCGCCCACCGCAUGACCAUCAUCUAAUUCCUGCUAUGCCUUCCUUGUUUGCCAAUUAAGGAGAAUCCUUAAUGGCAGAAAUCUAUAAUAUUUGUGUUUUGCUGACAGUGAGGGUUCUAAGUGAAACCUGUUCUUAAAGCAGAGAAUGCUUCAUUGUUCAAAGAACCCUUAAGGAAACCUUGAGGAGAGCUUGAUCAGACUUAACCAGUUAAAACUUCCCUUCUUAAGGUUUCAUCAUUGCAUCACCUCUAGUUUUGCUCAUUAUAGAUCCAGAUUUCUCUCAAGCUGCUUUCUUUAAUGUUGCUUUCUGGUAACACGUUUAUGGUUAAAAGUGAUAUACAUAUGAUAUCGAACAUUACGGAGUAGGGUGUGGUCGGGACAUGAUGACGUAUCUGCUGAAUACAUGGAAAGAGAAAAAGGUGAGAUGCGAUCGGAAAGCAAAGAAAAAAAAAUUACAGUGAGGAAGCCAUGAAUUCUGGCAGGAUUUUGAGAAAUUGCAUUGUCAAAUGCAAGCAGUCUUUCAGUGGGUUUUAACAAACAUGUGGACAACAGCGUUGUUAGGGUUGCAGAACGAAACCUUCACAUGAACCUGAAGAAAACAAACUCUGCAAUCCAGAUUUCUGACCAAAGGGGUGAACUUCACUUUUUAUUCUGAUUGCUUGAAUCUUUGUGUCUUUGCUCGUGAGCUACUAGUAAGCUAUGGCAAAUAAUUGUUUGUAAAGAAAAUACAAUGUGGGUGGGCACGGGGGCACGGUGGCUUAGUGGUUAGCACGUUCGCCUCACACCUCCAGGGUUGGGAGUUCGAUUCCCGCCUCCACCUUGUGUGUGUGGAGUUUGCAUGUUCUCCCCGUGCCUCGGGGG